UAUUACUUGAAGGCUUAGCUACAACAAUCACCGUAUGCUAACUUAGUCAUAUUUAUAAGGCUUUAAGUUCUUAGAAAGCCUCUGGUCUUCCAAAAAUGUUAAGAAUGAAACAGCUUUCAAAGCUUGGAUGUUUCAACUUUGAUAAGAAGAUUACUUUAAGCUUUGAAUGAAAGAGUUCUUAAGUCUAACAAGCUUCAAUGAUUAGUUAUCAUUUGAAAGGCUUUUAUUAUUCUAGAAGCUGUUUUUCAAGCGUACUGACAAUCAGGGUAUUUUUAGAAAAAUCAUUAUCUCACUCUUGUUUAAAAAUUGUGGAUGGCCUCUCAUUUAGAGAAGAAUUCUGAGUAGAUAUUAGAAAAACACUGAAAAUAGCUUAAUUAGAAGCAUUAGUUUAACAUAAGUCAGAGCAAAUACCAACUCAAACCUCCAUGUUUGCUCCUGCAUCUUGUUUUCUAAUAUUUUAAAAUUGUUAAUUUAAUGCUGAUGUGACUCACGCUUCUAAAUUCACCAAAGAGUCAAAAUGUGUGAAAAAUCUUUGGGUUUCUGUUAAAACUUGGAGACUCGCUCUGAUCUCAUGGCGGGGCUAUGAGAUUAAUAAGCUAGUUCCAUCACUUCUAUAGUGAAUACAGUCGAAUUGUAAGACUUUUCUGAAGUUCCUUCAUCAAAAUUUAUACCGGUCUUCAUUCUGAGUCCCAUGAGCAAAAGCUAAGAUAGCCAGAACAAGUAAGAACAGGAAUUAAUUAUUCUCUUAUUUUUCAGUACCUGGAUUCAC